AUGGCACAAUUCUCCGAUAUUGAUAAACUUGCUGUUUCCACUCUAAGGUUGCUUUCGGUUGACCAGGUGGAAAGCGCACAAUCUGGCCACCCUGGUGCACCCCUAGGGUUGGCUCCCGUGGCCCAUGUAAUCUUUAAACAACUUCGUUGUAACCCCAAUAAUGAACAUUGGAUCAACAGAGACAGGUUUGUUCUAUCGAAUGGUCACUCAUGCGCUCUUUUGUAUUCCAUGCUUCAUCUGUUAGGGUACGAUUACUCGAUCGAAGACUUGAGGCAGUUUAGACAGGUUAACUCAAGGACACCGGGUCAUCCAGAAUUUCACUCAGCGGGAGUGGAAAUCACCUCUGGCCCAUUAGGCCAAGGUAUCUCGAAUGCCGUUGGUAUGGCGAUCGCGCAGGCCAACUUUGCCGCUACUUAUAACGAGGAAGGUUUCCCCAUUUCUGACUCGUAUACGUUUGCUAUUGUAGGGGAUGGUUGCUUACAAGAGGGAGUAGCUUCAGAGACUUCUUCCCUCGCAGGACAUUUGCAAUUAGGUAAUUUGAUUACGUUCUACGACAACAACAGUAUCUCUAUUGACGGUAAGACAUCGUACUCGUUUGAUGAAGAUGUUUUGAAGAGGUACGAAGCGUAUGGUUGGGAAGUCAUGGAAGUCGAUAAAGGCGAUGACGAUAUGGCGUCCAUUUCAAGUGCUUUGGAAAAGGCGAAAUUAUCGAAGGACAAGCCUACUAUAAUUAAGGUAACAACUACCAUUGGGUUCGGGUCCCUACAACAAGGUACUGCCAGUGUCCACGGGUCUGCAUUGAAAACUGAUGAUGUCAAACAGUUGAAGAAAAGGUGGGGGUUUGACCCCAAUAAAUCGUUUGUGGUCCCCCAAGAGGUGUAUGACUACUACAAGAAGACGGUUGUCGCACCAGGUCAAAAACUUAAUGCAGAAUGGGAUAGAAUGUUCGAAGAAUACAAAACCAAAUUUCCUGAGAAGGGUAAAGAGUUGCAAAGAAGAUUGGACGGCGAACUACCAGAAGGUUGGGAGAAACACUUACCAAGGUUCACUCCGGAUGAUGAUGCCGUGGCAACAAGAAAAACAUCUCAACAAGUCUUGACAGACAUGGUUCAAGUUUUGCCUGAAUUGAUUGGUGGUUCUGCCGAUUUGACACCUUCAAAUCUCACAAGAUGGGAAGGUGCAGUGGACUUUCAGCCUCCUAUCACUCAAUUAGGUAACUAUGCGGGAAGAUACAUUAGAUACGGCGUGAGGGAACAUGGAAUGGGUGCUAUCAUGAACGGUAUCUCCGCCUUUGGUGCAAACUACAAGCCUUACGGAGGUACCUUCUUAAACUUUGUCUCCUACGCUGCAGGUGCUGUCAGGUUAGCCGCCUUGUCUGGCAACCCGGUCAUUUGGGUUGCAACUCACGACUCUAUUGGACUGGGUGAAGAUGGUCCAACUCAUCAACCUAUUGAGACCCUAGAUCACUUGAGAGCUAUUCCGAACAUGCAUGUUUGGAGGCCUGCUGAUGGUAACGAAACUUCUGCCGCAUAUUAUUCCGCUAUCAAAUCUGGUCAUACACCAUCUGUUGUGGCUUUAUCAAGACAGAACCUUCCUCAACUGGAACAUUCUUCUUUCGAAAAAUCCCUAAAGGGUGGCUAUGUGAUUCAUGAUGUUGAGAAUCCAGACAUCAUCCUGGCGUCAACAGGUUCAGAGGUUUCACUUUCUAUAGACGCAGCAAAAAAAUUAUAUGAGAAUAAGAAGAUCAAGGCAAGAGUUGUCUCCAUGCCAGAUUUUUACACUUUUGACAGACAAAGUGAAGAAUACAGAUUUUCUGUUUUCCCAGAUGGUGUUCCAAUCAUGUCCUUUGAAGCACUGGCUACUUCAAGUUGGGGUAAGUAUGCUCACCAAUCCUUCGGACUCGAUGAAUUUGGUCGUUCGGGCAAGGGGCCUGAGAUUUACAAACUCUUUGAUUUCACAGUGGAUGGUGUUGCAUCAAGAGCUGAAAAGACAAUCAAUUACUAUAAGGGAAAGCAGCUGCUUUCGCCCAUUGGGAGGGCUUUCUAA